AUGCAUACCCUCCAGCUUCCCGUGUCUCUGGCACUCCUUACCGCCAUCCCUGCCAUGGUCCUGGGCGUCACCACGACCAAGGCCUGCCCCCAGAAAACCAACGGAGACAACUGCGCCCGUGCCGUGACGGGUACUCGUCUUGGCACAGCGUUUGAGAGCUCGGCCCGGGCCGAUUGCAGCAGCUUCCUGGAACAGACGGCUACCGCUGGCACUGUCUUUGUAACCAACACCGUCACCACAACAACAAUUCUCAACGCAAACACUGCCACCAUCGUCACCGUCAAGAAGCGCGCCGAUGCUACAAAGACGGUGCCGGCCUAUGCCUCUGCCUGCUCCGGCUCUGCCCGCUACGCGAGCGCGUGUUCGGGAUGGUGCAUCACCGCCAGCACGACCACGGUGACUCCUACGGCUACGGUCACCUCGACCGUUACAGUCAACCAAUGCGCUCGCUCGACCGAGACGGUUUGCAACGCCGCGUGCGUCGAUCUCCAGACCGACUCGCAAAACUGCGGGACAUGCGGUAACGCGUGCUCUGCCAGUCAAACGUGCAGCAACGGCGCAUGCAUCGCCAAACCGUACUCGUGUAGCAAUCCAAGCCGCUGCAACAAUGUCACCCCUUGCGGCAACGGUGGGGGCGCGUGUCUAUGCGUGUCCGACACCAGCGGGCAGACAUAUUGUGCCGACGUAGGAGGAGGUUGCCCGUCAACGGGUUGCUCCAGCACUCUCGAGUGUGGGAAAGGGUCCGCUUGCAUCGCCAAUUCGUGCUGCAGUACGAAUUUUUGUGCCCGUGUGGAUACCUGCGGCGUCGCCGCACCUCAGAAACGAAACGGUGCCGUAUUAGAUAGCGGUGUAUGGAAAGGCACCACUUUUGGAAACUUCUUCCAGCCAGGCGUCUAG